AUGCCAUCUGAUGAUGCUGCUAAGAAGAGACUGGUAUCAGACAUCAAUACGUUAUAUAAUUUUGUAAAGCAUAUUCAAGAAGUAGACGUUGAAAACGUCGAGCCAUUAAGAAGCAUAUGGCCGCUGAACACUAGUUUGAUGAUGAGGGAUGAUGUCGAAAAGGAAGACGUUUCCGGAGAGGAAUUACUUAAAUGCGCAGAAAGGACGCACGGAAAGUUUUAUGUGGUUGACAACCCAAAGGAAACAAAAGCUAGCUUGGAAUAUCAAUUUUAA